CCACCUCAAGCUUCACACAAGCAACCUCAUUCAAGUAUCGCAUUCACUUUCUGCACUUGCAUCUUCAAAAAAAGGCAACUCUGACAAUGCGCAUCUCUAUUGCUACCAUCUUCGCUGUUCUCGCUGCUACUGCCGCUGCCAACCAGGCUGGUCCUGCUGACAACGACAUCUCGACUCCUUUCAACGACCAUGCUGCUGGUAUCAUCGAGCCUGUCAUCGAGACUACUGACGACUUUGACGACUUUGAGGAGGAUGGCAACCAGCGCGGCUUUGGAGGGUUUGGCAGGGGUCUUGGCAAGUUCGGUGGAGAGGUUGGCUCCGAUAUUUUUGGAGACCUCCUUAGCUCAUUGCUGCAGGGUGGCUUCAACCAGCGCGGUGGUCGCGGUCGCGGCAGCGGUCGUGGAAAGGACUUCCUGAGCGAUCUCGGUGUUGAGCUGAUUGGUACUGGUGUCGGUGCUGGCCUUGAUGCUGCCAUCUACAACCAGCGCGGCGGACGUGGUCGUGGUAGCGGCCGUGGAAAGGACUUCCUCAGCGACCUCGGUGUCGAGCUGAUUGGCACUGGCGUCGGUGCUGGUCUGGAUGCCGCCAUCUACAACCAGCGUGGUGGUCGUGGUCGCGGCAGCGGUCGUGGCAAGGACUUCCUCAGCGACCUUGGUGUCGAGCUGAUUGGUACUGGUGUUGGUGCUGGUCUUGAUGCUGCCAUCUACAACCAGCGUGGUGGUCGUGGUCGUGGUCGCGGCAGCGGUCGUGGAAAGGAUUUUCUGAGCGACCUUGGUGUCGAUCUGAUUGGUACUGGUGUCGGUGCUGGACUUGAUGCUGCCAUUUACAACCAGCGUGGUGGUCGUGGUCGCGGCAGCGGUCACGGCAAGGAUUUCCUCAGCGACCUGGGUGUUGAGCUGAUUGGCACUGGUGUUGGUGCUGGUCUGGAUGCUGCCAUCUACAACCAGCGUGGUGGUCGUGGUCGCGGCAGCGGUCGUGGCAAGGACUUCCUCAGCGACCUUGGUGUCGAGCUGAUUGGCACUGGUGUUGGUGCUGGUCUGGAUGCUGCCAUCUACAACAACCAGCGCAGCUUCGAGUAUGACGACGCGGACUUUGAGGAGGAUGACAACCAGCGCAGCCGCAAGGGUGGUCGCCGCCCUCAUCUCAGCGACCGCACCAAGGACUUUCUGGGUGAUCUGGGUGUCGAGGUUAUUGGCACCGGUGUCGGCGCUGGCCUUGAUGCUGCCAUCUACAAUUAGAGUGGCUGCUAUUUUAAGGAUAGUAGGGCAUGGGACUAUGG